AUGUCUUCCCCUUUCCAAUACAACAAGUUCUUGAUGUUCGGUGACUCGAUCACUGAGUAUUCUUUCAACCAGCUUCCAGAAACACACGAACAUGACCCACAGUUCACUUUGGGUGCUGCUUUCACCGAUGCUUACGUCAGAAGAAUGCAGGUUGUCCGUCAUGGUUUUGCAGGUUACUGCACUAGAGAUGCUUUGAAGCUUAUUGGACCAGUCCUUAAGUAUGAGCACGACACCAAACCAGAGGCUGAGCAAGUUAAGAUUGGAUACAUCUACUUCGGCACUAACGAUUCCAGAGUUAUGGGUGAGGGUGGCAACUACCAGCACGUCGACAUUCCUCAGUACUUGGAGAACAUGAAGAAGUUGGUUGCCGAAUACCAAAAGAGAAACAUCCAUGUCUUGUUGGUGACACCUGCUCUUCACGACCAAAAGUUGUGGAGCAAGCACUGCCCAGAGGAUGUUCCAACUGGAAAUUACCGUAGUAGUGAGGUCCAGAAGCAGUAUGCAGAUGCUUUGUACAAGUUUGCUACUGAGGAGCUCAAGGUUCCUUGCUUCCACUUCUACAAUGCAAUGAAGAAGUACAUGGAUGAUCAUCCUAGCGUCACCAUUGGUGACAUGCUUGUCGAUGGAAUUCACAUGAGUGGAAUCUCCUACAAGAUCGUCUUUGAUGGUUUAAUGGAGUUGAUCAAGGAGAACUAUCCUGAGUACUAUCCACCAAACAUGAAGAUAAGAUUCCCAGACUGGCCUGAGAUCACUUACGACACUGACUUCAACAAGGGUUGA